UGAACAUUGUUCUCAUAAGGAAGUAGCCCUUCCUAGUGAAAGCUCACGAACACGUGUUUUGAUGAAAGACUGAAAAUAUUAAAGAAAAUAAGUGAACUUGAGGUUUCUGAAGGGAAGAACUGUCCUUGCAAGGCCAGCUCUAGCAAAACAAGCUCAGCUACUGGAAGAGAAGGAGAAAGAACUGAGAUCUGUGAUCACCCAGGGUUGCUGGUGCAAUAGACCUGGAAGGGACCAAGAUGUCUUCACCAAAUGAUGUCAGUAUGGAAGAUGAUGACCGAGACAACAUAGAAUACAAGAUCCUAAUGGCCUAUGCCCAGCGGCGGUUGUCUGUUAGUAAAUAUGGGAAACUUCUGAAAAAUGAGGCUAAUGUGUGUAAAUCACAGUCCUUAAUCAGCAGAGAAGUGGAGACUGACUGUCCAAGGGAUAAAGAUGGACCAAGCCGAGGAAUAAUCAAUUUUCAGAUUCCCACGACAAAAGUGCAGAGCAAAACACAAUUGAAAGGAAAAUCCUUGCCAGUAUAUGAUUGCAGAGCAGAACAGGAAAAGUUCCCAACCCUGCCAUUUUUUGAAGAUCAGGAGCCAUGUUACUCCGAUUGUAACAUACGCUUUGAGAGUCCUCAAGAAUGGAAUUCUCAGCAUCAGACAAGUGAAAGAGCAGAUGUCAACCGCAUUGCAGACAAACUUGCCAAGCUUGUUACUUCUAGAUCCCAGAAAUUUCUGAGACUGGCCUGGCCUCAGGGUCCAUCUGUGAAACGACAUGAUAGCGACGGCAAGGAAUAUGAUGAAGAAAUGAUACAAACAAUAGUUUCGCUGUUAAGAAAAUCAGGGGACGAACUAGAAGAAAUGAUCCAAAAGGACAGGACUUUCUAUCAGCGUUUUGAAGACAUGCUGUCCUACACCUUCUUCAAAAGCAUCACUGAUUUGUUCCUGAAGUGUGCCGUAGCAGAUUCACCAAGUGAGCCAGAAAGCCAAGUACAACGUAUGAAAGUUGCCUUUAUAAUGGAAGUUGCCACCAGACUUAACGCUGUGGACAACCAUCCUAUGAACCUGGUCUUGGGCUUCGGGUUAAAGUACCUCAGAGAACACUUCAAGCCAUGGAUUCAGGACCAGGGUGGCUGGGAGAAGGCUUUUGAGUCACUGGAUGAGGAAGAAGUAGAGUAAACAUGAAUGAAUUAAUUCUCCACGGUGCGGGAGCCUUCAAUUAAAGAACAAGCAGGAUCUUACCACAAUCUGACGCCAGAAUGAUUAGUGGCUUUUGGAAUGUUAGAGUUUUGCAUGGGUAACUCUGAUGGGUACAAUUGCAUUUUCUCAAAGCUGGUAUUGAUGUAGAAAUGUUCUUUGGUGGAUAUGAAGGCACCUCCAACUCCCCUUGUGCAUUCAGCCCCAUGGAUAGUGAAUCUGAGUGCCUUUCUGAGAUGUUUGCCACUACUCCUAUAGAUGGAUAUUGAAGUGCAAACUGGAGGAAAGCAUCAAAGUAUGCAAUCAAGAACCACUGGACUGUGAUCAGCCAUGAACCAAGACAAGUGCUGCCAGCUUCGUGUGGUUCAUAGCAGUACUAUCUGUUAUCAAUUCCACAGUCCCUUUUUAGAAGACACACCUGCACACCGCUAUCAGUUUCCUCUCUCCCUCUUUCUCUCAUUAGAUUCUCCAAAGUACUGAUGCCAUUUAAUGCUUCUGAAAGGGACUGAGUAAGGUUAAUGAGAGCUUUUUACUCCAGUGCCUUCCCCUUUCCUCCAAGAAAAUAGACUCGAUCUACCUACAGAUCCUUUUAACUUGAACUCUUCUGUUUUACACCACUUCCAAGCAUAGUGCGAUAGAUGUUGACUUCUACAGCAUGAUUUUGUUCAUUAAUGUGGAAGAUAAAACUAUUGUGAGAGCUUUGUAGUCCGAUAGAUUUAAAACUUAUCCUACUGUGUCAGUUUCCCCCCUUAUUCAAAAGAAGGUCGAUGCUAUGUGUAAGCUCAGGGAUUUCUCUGUAAACUGAACCGGCCCUUCGGCCACUGAAAACAAGUGAUCCGAUUAGAAUUCUGGAAUCUGUACGUGUGACACUGGAAGGAAUAACAGUGCAUCGUUUAGAGUAGAGGCAGAUGCCGGGGAAGCUAUUAAUGAUUUUGAGGCUUGGUUUGUGGCCCAUUUAGCUGACGACUUUUGGAUUGCCAUCUCCCACAAAUCCUCAGUGGAGAAAGAGGGAAUUCAGGACAUCUGAAGCUCUAAAUCUAUGGCAUCGCUUCUGUAACUUUCCCGUACAAACAGGUAAUACUUCCUGAACAGGCUUUCUGCCUCUCAGUAAGAUGCUGUUCCACUACAGGUAUUCAUUCCAUGUGUACAAGUAUGUUAACUACAAAGAUUGCACAAAGAACUUAUUAACAAAUCAUGAAUUUGAAUAAAAGUGAUGAAAAGCAUUUUAACCGGAUGUGUAAAAUAUGCAAUGCUAUCAAAGAUCAAGUAUUUUUCCAAUAAACCCUAAACUUUCAA